AUGACCUGCCUUUCCACCCGCCUCGGCUCCCCCUGCGGAGCCCGCGCCUUCAGCUGCGCCUCUGCCUGCGCGCCCCGGGCCGGCCGCUGCUGCAUCACCGCCGCCCCUUACCGCGGCGUCUCCUGCUACCGCGGCCUCACUGGGGGCUUCGGCAGCCGCAGCGUCAGCGGGGGCUUCCGCGCCGGCUCCUACGGCCGCAGCUUCGGCUACCGCUCUGGCGGUGUGGCCGGGCUCAGUGCCCCCUGCAUCACUACCGUGUCCGUCAAUGAGAGCCUGCUCACGCCCCUCAACCUGGAGAUCGACCCCAACGCUCAGUGCGUGAAGCAGGAGGAAAAGGAGCAGAUCAAGAACCUCAACAGCAGGUUUGCUGCCUUCAUCGACAAGGUGCGCUUCCUGGAGCAGCAGAACAAGCUGCUGGAGACCAAGUGGCAGUUUUACCAGAAUCGCAGGUGCUGCGAGAGCAACCUGGAGCCUCUGUUCAAUGGCUACAUCGACACGCUGAGGCGGGAGGCCGAGUGCGUGGAGGCCGACAGUGGGAGACUGGCCUCUGAGCUCAACCACGUGCAGGAGGUGCUGGAGGGCUACAAGAAGAGGUAUGAAGAGGAAGUGGCACUAAGGGCCACUGCUGAGAAUGAAUUUGUAGCCCUGAAGAAGGAUGUGGACUGUGCCUACCUCCAUAAGUCAGACCUGGAGGCCAACGUGGAGGCUCUGACCCAGGAGACCGACUUCCUGCGGCGACUGUAUGAGGAGGAGCUCCGGGUCCUCUACUCCCACAUCUCGGACACCUCAGUCGUGGUGAAGAUGGACAACAGCCGGGACCUGAACAUGGACAGCAUCAUUGCUGAGAUCAAGGCCCAGUACGAUGACAUUGCCAGCCGCAGCCGGGCUGAGGCUGAGUCCUGGUACCGCAGCAAGUGCGAGGAGAUAAAGGCCACAGUGGCCAGGCACGGGGAGAGCCUGCGCCGCACCAAGGAGGAGAUCAACGAGCUGAACCGUGUGAUCCAGAGGCUGACGGCUGAGAUCGAGAAUGCCAAGUGCCAGAAUUCCAAGCUGGAGGCUGCAGUGACUCAGGCUGAGCAGCAGGGCGAGGUGGCCCUCAACGAUGCCCGCUGCAAGCUGGCCGGGCUGGAGGAGGCCCUGCAGAAGGCCAAGCAGGACAUGGCCUGCCUGCUGAAGGAGUACCAGGAGGUGAUGAACUCCAAGCUGGGCCUGGACAUUGAGAUCGCCACCUACAGGCGCCUGCUGGAGGGCGAAGAGCAGAGGUUGUGUGAGGGCAGUGGUGCUGUAAAUGUCUGUGUCAGCAGCUCCAGGGGCGGGGUCGUCUGCGGAGACCUUUGCGUGUCCGGCUCCCGGCCUGUGACGGGCAGCAUCUGCAGCGCCCCCUGCAGCGGGAACCUGGUAGUGAGCACUGGAACGUGUGCCCCCUGCGGACAGACCUGUGGCUCCGUGCGGUUCGCGUAGUGCUCUCGGCUUUGUAAAUGCACGGCUCCGCGAGUGACACCGUCCCCACUUCCAGCGAUGCGUCCCGGAGCCCCAGAGGCCGAAGAGCUUCGGGAAGCAGCAGGCCUGACCUUCCCAAACUGCUGAGCGCACCUUCUUGCAUCUCUCUACCCACAGCUUCCUCUCUUUUCUUCCAGGGAAGGCGGGGCUUCUAGCCUGCAUGCCUGGCAGCUCCCCCUGUCCCCACGUGUCUAAAUGGCAGGUUUCCUCACAGCCUUGAGCUAAGGGCCGAUCGGCUGCCCCAGGACCCCUGGGGUUUGGACGUGCUUGCUCCCCCUCCCUCCCCGUUUUUGCUUAGUCUCGUGGCUUCCAAUAAAUCUCCCUUCAUGUAAUGCGCUCUGGGAAUCUCCAGUUUGUCCUACCUACUCCUUCCAGCCCAGUUUUCAUCCCUGGGAAAGCCGGCAGAGGAGCCACUCCACAGGGAGGAAGGGUGUCUCUGUGGCGCCCUGCCCCUUUUGUGCACAUAUGCACCCUUAAGUGGGGGGGGGGGCUGCUGCUAGGACUCUGGUAGGCUGCAGCCCCCAAACCCAGAUACACAGGGCCAGGAAGGAGGGCAUGAGCUGGAAGGCAACUGAGAAGAGCAGCGCUGAGGAGCCUGUAGC